CACGCUACGUCAUCACGUCGACGUAGCCGACGGUCACAGUUGGGCAACAUGGCGGCGCACAGGCUCUCUCCAUCACUGAACAGGCUGCUGUUAGCUGGAAAGUAUGCGUCAUUCUGGACCAGAUGCUGUGCGGUGCACGGUUAUGCUCAAUAUUCCACCGCCUGCAGCCCCAAUGAAAAGACGUUUGAUAAGAUCCUCAUCGCCAACAGAGGAGAGAUCGCCUGCAGGGUGAUGAAGACCUGUCACAAAAUGGGCAUCCAGACCGUAGCUGUUCACAGUGACGUCGACGCCAGUGCUGUCCAUGUAAAGAUGGCCAAUGAAGCGGUGUGCGUUGGCCCCGCCCCUACAAGCAAAAGCUACUUAAACAUGGACGCCAUCAUGGACGCAGUCAGAGCGACCGGAGCACAAGCUGUCCACCCUGGCUACGGGUUUCUCUCUGAAAACAAAGAGUUUGCGAAGCGACUGGCAGCGGAGGGCGUGGCAUUCAUUGGUCCAGACACUUACGCUCUCCAGGCGAUGGGAGAUAAAAUUGAGAGCAAGUUGAUCGCUAAGGCUGCUACGGUCAACACCAUUCCAGGGUACGAUGGAGUCGUCAAGACUGUUGAGGAAGCUGUGAAGAUCUCACAGGACAUUGGAUAUCCAGUGAUGAUCAAAGCGUCGGCAGGAGGAGGAGGGAAAGGAAUGAGGAUUGCUUGGAAUGAUGAGGAGACAAGGGAAGGCUUCCGGUUCUCGUCCCAGGAGGCAGCGUCCAGCUUUGGAGACGACCGGCUGCUCAUCGAGAAGUUCAUAGACAACCCCAGACACAUUGAGAUCCAGGUGCUGGCUGAUAAACAUGGGAACGCUCUGUGGUUGAAUGAGAGGGAAUGCUCCAUCCAGAGGAGGAACCAGAAGGUGGUGGAAGAAGCUCCCAGUACUUUCCUGGACGCGGCGACGCGGCGGGCGAUGGGCGAGCAGGCGGUGCAGCUGGCCAAGGCGGUGCAGUACUCCUCGGCUGGCACCGUGGAGUUCCUGGUGGAUUCGAAUAAGAACUUCUACUUCCUGGAAAUGAACACACGACUACAGGUGGAGCAUCCAAUCACAGAAUGCAUCACCGGCCUGGACCUGGUUGAGCAGAUGAUCAGGGUUGCCAAGGGUUACAAACUGCAGCACAAACAGGAAGAUAUCCCAAUAAACGGCUGGGCCAUUGAGAGUCGAGUCUACGCUGAGGAUCCGUACAAGUCUUUUGGGCUUCCCUCCAUCGGACGGCUGUCUCGAUACCAAGAGCCACUCAACCUCAGCAAUGUCCGUGUAGACAGUGGAAUCCAGGAGGGAAGUGACAUCAGCAUCUACUACGAUCCCAUGAUCUCUAAGCUGGUUACCUAUGGAGCGACGCGAGCUGAAGCUCUCGCCAGUAUGGAGGACGCUCUGGAUAACUACGUCAUCAGAGGUGUCACCCACAACAUUUCUCUCCUGCGGGAAAUCAUCACCCACCCCCGAUUCAUCUCUGGCGACAUCAGCACCAACUUCCUGCCGGAGGUCUACCCCGAUGGCUUUAAGGGUCACCAGCUGGAGGCGGACAGUCGCAGGGAGCUGCUGGCGGCGGCGGCGGCGCUCCACAUCACCGCUCAGCUGCGCUCCCAGAGGGUCCUGGGCGACCUGAGGGUGUCUUCCUCCCCUGUGGAGUGCAGCCACUGGGAGCUGUGUGUGGAGCUGGAGGAAGGACGCCAUCAUGUGGAUGUGACCAAAUCAGGAAAGGUUUACACUGUGGAGAUGGAUGGAGUAAAGGUGGAAGUCGAUGGGCAGUGGAACCUGGCCUCCCCACUGCUCCCACUCGCCAUCAACGGCACACACAGGAUGCUCCAGUGUCUGUCCAGAGAUGCUUCAGGAAAGAUUGUCCUACAGUACCUCGGCACAUCGUUUAAGGUGCGCGUUCUGUCCAAGUUGGCUGCACAGUUGAACUCCUACAUGCCAGAGAAGGUCCCAGAAGACACCAGCAGCCUGCUGCGUUCACCGAUGCCCGGCGCCGUGGUGACCGUGUCCGUCAAGCCCGGAGACUCGGUUGCAGAGGGUCAGGAGAUCUGUGUGAUUGAAGCCAUGAAGAUGCAGAACAGUUUGACUGCUGCCAGGCAAGCAAAGGUUAAGAGUGUCCACUGUAAGCCGGGGGAGACCGUGGGAGAGGGAGACCUGCUGGUCGAGCUGGAGUAAAUGAUACCUUUUUGAUUAUUGAUGUGUGACAUCACCUCCUGUCCACUGUCCACUGAGGGAGAUCCACCCGGGACAAUGACCGAUGCUUGAUCCAUGUUGAGAUGAGCCCCUGAGGGUCUGUCCUCACAAAAAAGCUCUUGUAAAUCUUUCCUUUCUGUUUUUUGUUUUCUCCACCUGAUUGUUAGUUUUGGUACCUUUUUUAAAAAAAAAUGUUUUAGUUAAUUUCCCCCAUAUUAUUAUUAUUUUCCAUUUGACCCGUCUGCUGUGUUUCCGUGCAGCUAGUUUUGGUUUAUGUGCCACGGGGUUUGAGAUCACUGCACAGGGGGAAUGUUUGCUGCCACUCCAAUGCACUGAAUAUGGAGCUUUUGUUCAUAGGCUGAUGACCUUUGCACAAAGUUCCCUUCACCUCCACCGUGUUGGAGUGGAGGCAGAAGUCUCCUUGUACCCUUAAAAACUGGAAACCAGGACUGUGUGCGUAGCUCCAUAGCAGCCGAGGAAUCACUCCAACCAAUAAAAAGCUCCUCCUUUUUAACACCGUCACUGAACUGAUGUCUCCGAGUGGCCAUCAUGCCGCUGGGAAUAAUGGACUCUUCAGCCUGUGGAAGGACGUGGAAACGCAAUCGAGGACCAGUUCUUCCUUAAAGACGGGUGACAAAUUCAGUGAAAAAGCUAAAUAAAUAAGUCCAGAAGCUCCGAGGGUCUGGUAUGUUGUGGUCCUUCCCCUGAUCAUUCUGUGGAGACCAGGUCUCUUCACAAAGGUUACGAUAUUGUAACCCUAGUUCUGUGAGUGCAGGUGGAGUCCUCUACUGGACUCUGUCCUAGUCGGGGCCCCUAGCUGCUCUUUACGUGAACGUAUUGCUUGGAUUCAACUUUUCUUUGGGCCUUUUCAGUAAAUUAAUUUCAACCUCCACCGGUUUUGACACUUUUACAGUUUAGCGUACAUCUCUUCUAAUAAUGUAUUCAUCUCUUUUGAAAAAGAACAGUUUUCAGGUUUUUCAGCAGCAUCUGAAAUGUCUUUGCAUUUGAACACUUAUGUAUAUUCAGCUGUUUCUGCAGGAAUCUUCUAGUUCAAUGUAUAUUUUAUUUGGUACAUUUUUUUUUGGACUCUUAACUCGUCCUGCAUAGAAACCAUUAAAAUAUCUAAACAUCCA